UGGGUCCUCAACAGCACUGCUUGUGUUUAUGCAGCGUACCAGGCCUCCCUGCAGCUGGGACAGGACCCUUCCAAUGACUGUCCGGACCGUCAAAGGACCAUACGGACUGUGGUCCAGAAGAGAGGAGGGAAUGAGGCCAUACUGGGUGGAGAAUACCAGAACCGCAAAAUAACUGUUCAAAACAAGGCAGACUUGGUGAUCAAUGAGGUGAUGUGGUGGGACAACGGCGUUUACCUUUGUUCUGUUGAUGCUGCUGGAGACACCGCCGGGAACAAUGUUCAGGAGGUCAAGCUCAUCGUUUACCAUUGGUUGACCGUCUUGUUCAUCAUCAUCGGCGCCCUCCUCCUGAUACUGCUGUUUUGCAUCUGCUGCUGCCAGUGCUGCCCACAGAAGUGCUGCUGCUACGUCCGCUGUCCCUGCUGCCCACAGAAAUGCUGCUGUCCUGAAAAAGCUGUGAUGGAGCAUCGUAUGUUGAAGGAGGCAAAACAAGCAUGGCAGCAUGGACAGCAAUAUGUGCCACUGAGCCAUGUUUCUUCUCAGAUGAACCCAAUGCUCUAUCCAGGAUCAGUUUCAGGGAAAAGCAUUCCUAUGAAGCCCAUGGCCCUGCCAGCCCCCCAGUCAGCUUACAGCUAUCCUGCCCCCAGUGUCCAAAGCAACCACACAGCUGGAAAUCAUAUGAUCGAUUACGUGGAGAACCAAGUCAGAGGGCUGGAUUUGACAAGUCCUCUACUGCAGGCCCAACCACCUCCACCCCCCCACAUGCAGCAGAUGCCACCACCUCCCCAACAAAUGCCCAUCAACAUUCCAUAUUCUCCCGGCCCCCCCAGCAUGAUCUCAGCUCUUGACGAACCUCCAAGGGAGCGUCGCAUUAUCACUCUACCACCAAUAAGGGAGCAGAACCCCGGAAGAGGCGCGCCUCCAGCACCCAAGACCCGCCCACCCAGCUCCAGUGAAAGCAGCCGCAGUGGCUACAGUCGACGAGACGAGAGAGCAGGAGCUGGCAGACGUUACCCCUCGCCAACCAGAUCUAGAGGACUUCCCCGGAGCUACAGCGAAGAGUCACUGGACGGGGGGAGCCGGGGGAGAUCACGAGCGGGCAUGGGCCCUCCCCGCUCCCGCUCAAGGGAUGACUUGUUUGACAACCGGUCUCGAGAUAACUACCCUCCUCCUUCAGCCCGGCGCUCCCGAGGAUCCUUAAGCUCGGACGAUGGGUUCAGCAGCAGAGGAGGGAAACGGGGAGGUGGGGGCUGGACUGAGUACGAGCCCGGACAAAAACCAGGACCAAGAAGGAACGAUCCCUACUCUGACAAGAGCUCUCGCAGUGGCACCAGCAUCGUCAUCUGAGCCUUCCAGCUGUGCAACGCCCUGUGACCUUUGUUUUAGAGAACAUGCACAACCUAGAACCCUUGUUACCGUCUACUGGAGAAUGUUACACACUUUUAUCUUUUAAAGGGAGUAAUGUAAAUACUUCUUUCUAAGCCCUUUUGAAGGAUAAACAGUAAAGCAAUUCAACUUUAUUAGAAUGAGAGACUGACAAUUCAAGGAUUUACUGUUUUAUUUUUUGGGUGUCUGAUAAAUUACAGGAUUACACGCCCUCUCCUGAUUUGUCUGAAAGUAUUCUGCACUUUUAAGAUGGCCGUGUAUCAUCUCUGUGUGGUUAAAGGCAUGAUGUUUAUUAUACAAAAGUUCAGGUCAUUUGUGUGUAACAAGGUUUUAGUUCAAGUGUAUAAGAUAAAGAAGUUGAGCUCAGGUUUUUUUUCUUCUUUUUAAAUGAACUGUUGCAUCAAAGCAAAUAAAGUAAUAGAAAAA